CACUAUUUAAACACCUUUCUCAGUGAACAGAUAGAGGCAGAGCGUGAGUAUCUUGUGAGUGAAUUACAAUGGCAAAGUAUUGGUUUCUUAAUGUAUUGAUUAUUGUGUCCUAUCUUUGCAAUCUGGUAGUUGAAGGGUACCCUAUUGAGGAUCUGGUUGUUAGUCUUCCAGGUCAACCUAAAGUUGAAUUCAGUCAAUAUGCUGGUUAUGUUGAUAUUGAUGUAAAACAUGGUAGAAGCUUGUUUUAUUAUUUUGUUGAAGCUGAUCAUAAACCUCAAAAUAAACCCCUCACUCUUUGGCUCAAUGGAGGUCCAGGUUGUUCCUCCAUUGGAGGAGGUGCCUUUACUGAAUUGGGUCCGUUUUUUCCUGCCGGUGAUGGACGUGGUUUACGAACGAAUUCAAUGUCUUGGAAUAGAGCUUCCAAUCUUCUCUUUAUUGAGUCUCCUGCUGGAGUUGGUUGGUCAUACUCAAAUACAACUUCCGAUUAUAACAUCGGUGACGCCUCAACAGCCAAUGAUAUGCUUUCGUUCUUCCUGAAAUGGUUCGAGAAGUUUCCUACAUACAAAUCCAGAGCGUUGUUUCUUACCGGAGAAAGCUAUGCAGGACAUUACAUACCUCAGUUAGCUAAUGCUAUUCUUGAUUAUAAUGCUCAUUCAACCGGUUACAAAUUCAAUUUGAAGGGAGUUGCUAUAGGAAACCCACUUCUGAAUCUUGAUCGCGAUGCACAAGCAACAUAUGAUUAUUUCUGGUCACAUGGAAUGAUUUCAGAUGAAAUUGGCCUUGCCAUUACAAAAGAUUGCGAUUUUGAUGAUUAUACCUUUGCAUCUCCUCAUAACGUAUCUGCAUCAUGCAACACUGCCAUCAAUGAUGCAAAUGAAGUUGUCGGCGAUUAUAUAAACAACUAUGAUGUGAUUCUCGAUGUUUGUUAUCCAUCCAUAGUUGAACAAGAACUGAGAUUGAAAAAGAUGGCUACUAAAAUAAGUGUAGGUGUAGAUGUCUGCAUGAGUUAUGAAAGAAAAUUUUACUUCAAUCUCCCUGAGGUUCAAAAGGCUCUCCAUGCGAACCGUACCAAUUUGCCGUAUUCAUGGUCCAUGUGCAGUGGUGUUUUAAAUUACAGUGAUACAGAUCCUAACAUUAAUAUGCUUCCAAUUCUCAAACGGAUUGUUCAAAACCAUAUUCCAGUAUGGAUUUUCAGCGGAGACCAAGAUUCCGUUGUGCCAUUACUAGGUUCUCGAACACUCAUUCGUGAACUGGCUGAUGACCUGAAGUUCAAGGUUACAGUUCCAUAUGGAGCUUGGUUCCACAAAGGCCAGGUUGGAGGUUGGGCAACCGAGUAUGGAAAUUUGUUAACUUUCGCCACCGUGCGGGGUGCAGCUCACAUGGUACCGUAUGCACAACCUUCUAGAGCACUGCAUCUUUUCAGUAACUUUGUGAAUGGUAGGAGGUUGCCAAACACAACAAGACCUUCUAUUGAAGGAUGAAAAAAAAUAGGAUGAUGAGUCUGCCAACUCUAUAUAACAUGUGGAAAUAGCAGAUUGUAUAGUCCAGUUGAUUAUUAUUAGAUUUGAAAAAUUCAUUGCUUAAAUGAUGCAGCAAUGAAAAAGAAAAUGAUUAAAGAGUGUUUCUUUGUAGGACCUUAGCAAAUUGCAUUUGGAAAAUAAUUUAUAAGGGGAAUUGGGAAAAUGCAUUAUUCCAUUCUUUUUAUUUUUCAUGAUAUUGAUUCACCACAUUGUUCUUUA